ACCUGGCGCUGAGCGGCAGCACUGCACCUAAAACACUGUUUGUGAAUGUGAACCAUCCACCUCAGAAUCACUCUGCCUUUCGCAUUUUUUUUGCGAGUCCACGCAGAUUCCUUCUGCAACUGAUACCAUUGUGAACCUUCGAGUUGGGACAGCAGCUACCUUCUCUGAAUCCAACAGCGUGCUACGACUUCUUUCUACUCCAUGCUUCUCCGUUAUCUCCUGUGCGUUCGCUCGUCUGCCCUGAAAAGUUUCGGUCGUGAGGAUAAAAGGACAUCUUGAAUCUUCAAAGGGAUUGUUUUAAACAACGAAGAGGAACUUCAGGAUGACCCCUCAGUGAGACCGACCCACGACCCGAAUUCCUCCGCGCAGAGACCCACCCCCUUCCCCCCCCCUCGACCCCAGUGUCCGACUCUCUCCAGUGCCGAGUCCCCUACCUAACACCGCCACCAUAAACCCCACACUGUCCACCUUCCUCCCCUCCUCCCUCGUCAGCUCGCCCCCUCCCCCGCACCCCCUCCCGGACUCCAUCAUGGACCUCCACCGCGCGGCCUUCAAGAUGGAGAGCUCCUCCUACCUGCCCAACCCACUGGCGUCGCCGGCGCUCAUGGUGCUGGCGUCCACGGCCGAGGCCAGCCGCGACGCUUCCAUCCCCUGCCAGCAGCCGCGCCCGUUCGGCGUGCCCGUGUCCGUGGAGAAGGACGUGCAUCUGCCCUUCAACAACGGCUCCUACACCUUCGCCUCCAUGUACCACCGGCAGGGCGGCGUGCCGCCAGGCUUCCCCAACCGGGACUUCCCGCCGUCGCUGCUCCACCUGCACCACCAGUUCGCGCCGCCCAACCUGGACUGUUCACCCAUCAGCAUGCUCAACCACAGCGGCGUGGGCGCCUUCCGGCCCUUCGCCUCGCCGCACGAGGACCGGGACGCCGCCGCCACGGCCGCGGCUGCCGCCGGGGGCUACCAGUCGGCCUUCACCCCGGCCAAGCGCCUCAAAGGCUGUCUGGAGGCAGACGCCUCCCCGCACCUGCGCUACUCCGACGCAGAGGGGAAAGAGUACGACUUCGGCGGGGGACAGAUCCCCUCGGGCUCCCCCAGCGCGCUCAAGAUCGUGGAGGACGCCGGCAAAAAGAUUUUCGCCGUGUCGGGCCUGCUGUCGGACCGCGAGACCUCGUCCAGCCCCGAGGACCGCAUCGACCGCUGGACACACACCUGCGUUCACUUGAGGCCUCAGACUAACAGGUGUGCAGCACAGCAGCUAAGGGCCAGCGCUAGCUCGACACAUCUCUACCAGAGCCAGGAGGAGGAAGUGACAGUUUUUGUUUAUGGGCCCGACAAGAAAUAUGGACGAGGGAGGGAGACGUCAGAUAUCAGAGGUAAGAAGAAGGUGUCCAUGUAUGACAGCCAGGCUCCUAUCUGCCCUAUCUGCCAAGUGCUGCUACGCCCUGGAGAGCUGCAGGAACACAUGGAGCAGGAAAUGGAGAAACUCAUACACAUCAGUAAGAACCCACAACACAAGGACAACGCCACACCGGGCACGCCCAAGUCGCUCCUAUUGUCCGUGCACAUCAAACGCGAGGGCGAGUCUCCUGUCGUGUCCCCACUCUCAUCGGACGACGCUCACCACUCCGACAGAUACCAGACAUUUUUACGGGUUCGGGCAAACAGACAAACACGAUUGAAUGUCGAUGUCCACUGCUGGUGCAGGCGCUCAGGCAAGGAAUGUGUCAAAAGCCCCCCAAACCCAGUGCCCAGCGGUGUGCCCCUAGCCCCUUGCUGCCUACGCCACGCGCGGAUUGGGAAGAUGAAGCGCCGGAAGCCUGAGGAUGGACAGGUAUGUCCACUGUGCAGCGCCCCGCUGGCAGGGACAGAGGAGGAGAUGAGUAGGCAUGUGGAGCAGUGUCUGUUUAAGAGGGAAGGAGUGUGCGGCCCCGAGGACGACUCCGCCGACGCCGACGGAGAGAACGGAACCCGCUUCGAGGAGUACGAGUGGUGUGGCCAGAAGAGGGUCCGAGCCACCACCCUGCUGGAGGGCGGCUUCCGAGGAACUGGCUUUGCCGUGUGUAGCACAAAGGAGAGCCACGACAGCGACGCAGACCUGGACGUGGACGGUGACGACACACUGGAGUACGGCAAAGCACAGUACACAGAAGCAGAUAUCAUUCCGUGCUCUGGGGAGGACCACGGAGACACCAAAGAACGGGAGGCGCUGCGCGGCGCCGUGCUAAACGGUGGAAUGCCCUCUAACAGAAUAACGCCCGAGUUCUCCAAAUGGGCCAGCGACGAAAUGCCUUCCACCAGUAACGGCGAGAGCAGCAAGCAGGACCUCAGCUCCCCGUCCACAUCCUCCGCACCCAGGACCUGCAAAAACAGCGAGAUUGAGAAGAUCACGGAGGACUCGACGGCCACCACACUGGAAGCCCUGAAGGCUCGCAUCCGGGAGCUGGAGAAGCAGAUCCUCAGGGGAGACCGCUACAAGUGUCUCAUCUGCAUGCGGAAGCGAUUCCCCGCAGGGCCCGAGGCCAAGAGCGCGGUGGCCCCUGGCAGGCGCGGGGGCUCAGAGGCCGUGCCGCUCAGCGUCUACUGCUGGUACCGAGGCUACCUCAAGGCCACCACCGGCGGCGCCAGUGCCCGCGGCGGCCAUGGCAGUGUUGGCACUGGCAGCAGCGGCGGCGGCAGCGUUGGUGGGAUUAAGCAACUGCUCCCAAUCCCACUCCGUAGGGAUUCCUACACCAUGCCUCUCACCUCCAUCCAGUGCUGGCACGUUCACUGUGAGGAAUGCUGGCUUAGGACUCUGGGAAACAAGAAACUCUGCCCACAAUGCAACACCAUCACGUCGCCAGGGGAUCUCCGGAGGGUCUACUUGUGAAGAGACACGGCUACCGACUGGAUGCUAACUCUUCUCUUCACCCCCCACCCUACCCCUAAUUUCCAGUACUUUCAGUGUAUUUUUUUUUUUUUAUUAUUUU